GGUUGCCGUCUGGCGCAGGAGCUAACGAACGGGUGGGGAAAGGAGCGGCGUUGGGAAGCGCUCGGGACCGCCACCGCCAUCAUGAGCUAUUCAGGUUAUGGAAAUUGGAAUUCUGGAACAAAUAGAGGUUACGAAGAUUAUAAUUAUGGAUAUGGAUACGGUCAGGAUAACUCUGGCAAUUAUGGGUAUGAUACAUAUGAACCCUAUGAUUCAAGGUCUGCAAUGAAUGACCGUGAUCCGUACAGAUCUGGCUUUGAUUACAGUGAGGCUAAACAUGAAACUGACAAUGCCUAUGAAGGUCACUAUGACAGCUCCUAUGGCAACCGCAGGGACCAGUACCACAACAGAGCGCGUGACAACUUUGGCCACCGGGGUCAAAAUUGGACCAGAGAUGGAAGAAAUAACAGAGGCAUGGCACCUUCAUAUGGGCGUAUGGGUGGACAAUGGAAUGACCCACCAGUACCAAUGGGAGGACGGGGCCAUGGCCCCAAUAGACCACCAUCGCUUUUUUCCCACAAACUAUUCCCCGAUUACAACAUGUUCCAGGGUAUGAGAGGCUUUUCUGGCAAUAUGCGUUUUGGAGGAGGCAGCAUGAAACAACGAAUGAGGAGAAACUGGAAAAUGUGGGAUGCAGAUUUUAAAAAGAAAAGAAUAAAGAAUGAGCCAACUGGUAAUAAACGUAAACAAGCUAACAGUUCUGAUGAACCUGAUAGCAAAGCAGCAAAAACAGAUAACUCAGAUAACUCAGACUCUGAUAAUGAAGAAGGGCCUGAAGGAGAAGCUGCUGAGAAGGGUUCUAAAAAUGAGGGAGAGGGAGAUGGUGCUGAAGAUGAAGAAAGAAAAGAAGAAUCAGAGAAAGGUGCUCUGACAAUUCAAGAAGAAAUCAGCCAAAUUAAGCGCAAAUUGCAGGCUGGGAAGAAAACUCAAGAGAGGCAAAAAAAACGAUACCGUGAUCGUAUGGUAGAAAGAAUACAGUUUGUAUGUUCAUUGUGCAAAUAUCGCACUUUCUAUGAAGAUGAGAUGACCAAUCAUUUGGAAAGCAAAUUUCAUAAAGAGCAUUUUACAUUUGUUGGAACCAAGCUACCCAAGCAGACUGCUGACUUCCUGCAGGAAUAUGUAGCUAACAAAACAAAGAAGACAGAAGAACGUCGUAAAGCAAUUGAAGAUAUUAAUGCAGUUAUACAACAAAUUUACAAAGACCAAGAUCUUACACAAGAUAUAGGUAUGGAACAUUUUGUAAAAAAGGUGGAGGCUGCUCACUGUGUUGCCUGUGACCUGUUCAUCCCAAUGCAAUAUGGAAUCAUCCAGAAACAUCUGAAAUCUCUUGAUCAUAACCACAACCGUAGAGCUAUGAUGGAACAGUCCAAGAAAUCGUCAUUAGUAGUUGCAAGAAGUAUUCUUAACAAUAAACUUAUCAGUAAAAAAUUGGAGAGGUAUCUAAAGGGUGAGAAUCCCUUCACAGAUGAUCCUGAAGAGAAAGAGGAACAUGAAGAAAGUGAGGCAGGAACAAGUGGGAUCAUUGAGGAAAGAGCAGCUGAAGGUGAAGGAAACCUAAAUGAAGAGCAAAGUAAAAGUGAUAACAAUCCUUCUGAGGAAAAUCCAGUGGCUGAUGAAAGUGCAGAAAAUAAAGGUGAUGGAGAAGAACUACAAGGACGAAUGGAGGAAAGGAAUUUGACCACAUCUCAAGAAGGUUUUACUACCGAACAGAAUCCAGAACUUGAAGAAGAAAAAGAAAAAACACAAGAAAAACAAGACAUUGUAUCUUCAGAGAAGAUGGAACUACCUGAUGAGUGAACUUGCAAAGAAGGUUGAAUCAUUUUGAGACUCUGCAUUAAAUCUUCUAAAACCAUACCUGUAUUUGUGACACACCAUGGCACGUGGCUUUUGGUUCUCAUUGACCUCACUUUCAUCUAGUUAACAGCCUUUAUUUGUAAAGUGUUUUUGAAAAUAGCUUUUUUAACCAAAUUUUCAUUGUAUUAGCUAGAUUUUGUGCAGUACAAUUUUUAAGUGGCUUUGUACUAGGAAAUAUACUUUUUUUAGUAAAUAAUCAAAAUCAAAUUUUGUCAAUUGGCUUAUACCAUGCUAAACCUUGGAAGGAUAAAUAACAUCUAAAUUUUCCCAUUUACUUUUGUAUAUAGUUGAAAAUGUUUUAGUUCCAUAGCUAGUCUUGUCUGAAAAUGUCAGUAGCAGAAUUAUGGGUUUUAAAUUCUGCAUGAUUGGAAUAUCUUCCAUGCAAGUGUAGCAUUCUUCUAUCUUUUUACUUUUAAUAUUCAAAAAAGACUUUGGUCAGCACAAUAAUUUUGCAGUGCUUUUAUUUAAGAGGGAACAUUUGCAAUAGUUGGUUAUAAAACACUAUUAGGGCUGUAUGUGUAAGUUUUUUACAGAAGCAGCAAGCUUAUUAUUGUGCAGAAAGCCUCAAGGAGAAAUAAAUGCAUUCUGGAACUUUCCAAAAAAUGCAAUUUAUAUUAUUCUGUUUGAGAUCAAGAGGAUUUCUUAGUUUCUGCUUAUUUUAGAUGGAUGUUCUGAAAAUGAAGUCUGUAGCAGCCCAAAAAUCUACUGAUGAAGUGUUACAAAACAUUAAAUAUUCCCUUCAAA